AUGAAGUUAGUUGAUUACGGUAGUGAUAGUGAGGGCGAAGAAUCAUAGGAGUAGGAAUAGAAUUAAUAAAAUGAUUAAAAGAAUAUAUAAAAAGAGAAAGAUUAAAGCAUUGACUCUGCUAAAGGGGAAAAUAAUGAAGCGAAAUAAUGUGAAGAAGGAGGGAAAUAAAUUGAUGAAACAAAAAAGAAAAUUACAAUUAAGUAUAAAGACCUUCCAAAAUUUUUAAACCCGACUAUUCAUAAAGAAAAAGAUGAUAAAAAGGAUUUAUGGAAGCCAAAAUCUAUUUAGGAGAUACAAAACGAAAGAAAGAAAAGAAUGGAAGAUUUAUCAGAAACAAAUGAUAAAAAAUCAAAGUUUACAAAAGUAAUGAGACUCCCUUCUCCCAAGCGCUAAUUAUAAAAUGAUGAAGUUAGUAGCUUUUAGCUUAAGAAAUAGGUUGAUGAUAAACCUGUUUUACCUCCUUACAUAAACCCAGAAAAUUUGUUUAAUAAAGAUAUUGACGAGGGACUAGUUGAAUAGUACGAUCAAGAUGAUAUUUACAUAAACAAGAGAUAUUAAAAUAUAUAAUCUAACAAUGAUGCUGAAUCAAGAGAGGCUAAAUUUGCUAAUAAUAGACAGAUGAAUGAAGAUGAAUUAAAAUAUCUCGAUUCAGAUAAUACAAAUAUUACUAGUGCUAAGAUAUCAGAAAUAUCAAGAGAGCAAUUAAUAGGCGACUCAAAUUGGUUGCUUAAUUAUUAAAAGUAAUAGUAAUAGAAUAUCAUAAAAUCUGGAUAUCAUCUUAACUCACAAGUAGACAAAACACAAAAAUCUAAAAACUAAUUAAAUGCUUUGGCUGUCGACGCCAUCGCUAACCAAGAUAACUUAGACUACGAAAGAUCUGAGCAAAUUAAAAAUGCAAAAAGAAAGAGAGAUAGAUAUGGUUGGUGA